UCUAUUGCCUUCUACAAUGAAUCACGGACUUAUAUUAGCGACGGACCGGAAGCAGCGUGCACUUAAGGAUUUCGGUUACUGCAUCAUUCUGUCUACUUUACUAUCAUACAGUCCGUCCAGCAAACAAAGAGGAUGUUGAGAAACGGAGCAGCACAGGUUUUCAGACAGCUGGUCAGACGCCAGUCUACAGACACCAGCCUGAUCCUGGAGAGAUCGAUUAACCGUGUUCAGCUGCUGGGCCGCGUGGGGCAGGACCCUGUCAUGAGACAGAUGGAGGGACGGAACCCCGUUACCAUCUUCUCCAUGGCAACCAACGAGAUGUGGCGCUCCGGGGACGUGGAGACGUCCCCCGCAGGAGAUGUCAGCCAGAAGACGACGUGGCAUCGUGUGUCAAUCUUCAAGCCUGGUCUGAGGGAUGUGGCCUACCAGUAUGUCAAGAAAGGGUCGAGGGUUUUGGUGGAGGGGAAGUUGGACUACGGGGAGUACGUAGACAAGAACAACGUCAGACGCCAGGCUACCACCAUCAUCGCAGACAACAUUGUAUUUUUAAGCGACAACAUUCGAGGGAAGGAUCAAUGAGGGAUGUGGCGAUCUUCAUCUAGGAGGAAGACUGAAGCUCUUUCUGUGUAGCUACUCUAUUGUCUAUGUAUUAACUGACCAUGGAAGAAGCUGUGUGCCUGCUAUCUAAAUGGGACAGAACACAGUGUAACUCCUCUCUGUUGAUUGUAGUGAAUGAUAGAAGACUAUCUGUCCCAUUAUGACGUCGGUGAGCGCACGGGCAGCGCCAUUGAGGCCAUCUCUAUUUUGAAGUAGUCAAUUUUCUUAUACUACUUCUAUGAGUUGGUAAACAAACUGAAAUGGUUCACACUGCCAGCUGGAAUGCGUUGUUUGAACAGGUGUAAAGCCAAGUGGAGAUUUACUGCCACCUGCAGUUAUGGAAUGUUCGCUCGUGAGUAUCAUUCAUUGGCUGAUGCCCUAGAUGGAAUUGUGUGAUCCUUCCUUAACCCAUAGGAGGUACCACCCAGUUGACUACUUCAAAAUGGUGAAAGUCCUCAAUGGCACUGCCCAUGCUAAAACAUGCUUAUGGUUACUAAAGUCCUCUCAUUCUCUGAGUGCGCCAGAGUAUACCUAGACAUGGGGUCACAUGUAUGUAUUCUAUCCCCCAAAAUGUUUGUUACUACUGUAUAAUCUUAGUUUACGUCCAUUUGCGCUACUCUUGUUGCAGUACUACUAAUGGAACUGCUGUUCAAAGCAGAGUGAAGGAUCAGGCCUUAAAGGUGAGCAGUUAGUUGUUUUCCCAGAGAAGCCAGAUAACAGAUGAGAGAAAUAAAUGGGUGAUGUGUGACUGACUCUCAUCCACAUAAUGCUGUACCCAAAACUAGGAUUAUGUGCCAGUUUCAAAUAGAAUGUUAUACCACCUGUUUUCAUCUCAGCAUGUCUUUCUGUUCUAUUUUAAAGAUAGAUUUAAACUUGUAACUAUUUGUUUAGUUUUGGUUUCAUUCCAACUUAGUAUUUUUUCCCCCUUCCUGAUAUCACCAGAUUCUCACCUCAAUUCUGUCUGGGCAAAGUUUGUACUCAUGUUUAAUGUACUUGUAUGUAUCAUGUAGGUCGAAUAUAUAUUUUUUCUCCAGUACUUUAGCCUCUUGAUUUCAAUAUCCACACAUUAGUGGAAUAUGUUUCUUAGCAGAAUGUCCUCUUUGACCUGUUCCUUGGCAGACCACUCGGGAAUUGCAGAAAAAGUUAAGUUAUUGCAGCAGAAAGCGCUUAUUUUUUAAGAGCUUUAACUUGUUUGGUUGAUUUGCAUUCCUGGGAGGCCCUGUUUAAAAUGAUGAAUUCUUGUCUUUCUCUGAUUUGUUACAAAACGUACGUUAAUGUGAUGUAAUUGGCUUAUUCGCUUGUCAAUCAAAUACUCGGGCUCAAAUGCUUUGGAUUGGUCGCAGAACCCUGUCAGUCAGACGGUCACACUAGAAUAGAAUAGAAGGACUCGUUCGAUUGGUAUGACGCAGAUGGACAGGAGUGUGUUUUUUUUUUGCAGUGUGGAAGUUACAAAUUUUCCAAUUUCUGACCGAAGUUAUUGCAACGUUUUCAUGUGAACAGUUUCUCCACAUACAUUGUAGAUAUUGCGCUAAAUGUGUAUCCAUUGCAUUGUAUGUUGCCCUUUAUCUUGAUACAACCUACGCAAAUGGAAUGCAAACCCUGGUAGUGUUUUAGUCUAAUUAGAUGUCGCUACUCUUGUCCCCGCCCACAUUCCUGUCUGUCUGGUCUGUUCUGGUGGUGGGCAGCAAACUGCAUCAAGGAAAAAGUCCAUGGAACUCUGUGCAAAGAAAAUAAACAAGAGCCAACACG